UGUAUGUGACAGACCAGAUCAGUGUGACACAGAGACUGCAAAGGAUUUAACUAAACACAGAACAACCAGAUCAGACAAGACUGUGAAAAUAGACAGAGUGACAGAGACGGUGUCACAUACAGAGACACACAAGCUGAUUGCAUCAUGUCUGGCCCUUCAAGAAGUCAAGAAGAAUGGGACUUAUAGUGGGGCAGAGAGACAUACUGAUCUUCUCAUGCAAGUCUUGAACCUGGGCAGUUCCUGGAGAAAAACGAGUCAGACAGAUAACCAGUGAGUAAAUAGAGACCUCCACCACCAUGAAGGACCGACUGGAGCAGCUAAAAGCGACUCAAGACACAGACGACACAGAAGAAGUUGACAUCUCCAUUGACAAUGCGGCCUUUAUGGAUGAUUUCUUUUCUCAGAUUGAGGAGAUCCGGCAGAACAUCGAGAAGAUCUCUGAGAGUGUUAUUGAGACAAAGAGACUUCACAGUGUGAUCCUAUCAGCGCCUCUACCUGAACAGAAAACUAAGGAUGAAUUGGAGAACUUGACGUUAGAGAUCAAAAAAGCUGCAAACAACGUCAGGUCACGUUUAAAAUCAAUGGAACAGUCCAUAGAGCAGGACGCCAUACAGUCCUCUGCUGACCUUCGAAUACGUAAAUCUCAGCAUUCGGUUCUCUCUCGGAAGUUUGUGGAUGUUAUGACAAAGUACAAUGAAGCCCAGGUGGAUUUCAGAGAGCGAAGCAAAGGGCGGAUCCAGAGACAGCUGGAAAUCACUGGAAAAAGUACAACAGAUGCUGAACUAGAAGAAAUGCUUGAAAGUGGAAAUCCUAAUAUUUUUACAUCUGGGAUAAUUAAUGAUUCACAGAUAUCUCGUCAGGCUUUGAGUGAGAUUGAGUCUCGGCAUCGUGAUAUUGUACGUCUGGAGAGCAGCUUGAAAGAACUCCAUGAUAUGUUCCUGGACAUUGCCAUGUUGGUUGAGAACCAGGGGGAAGUGACAGAUAAUAUAGAGAUCAACGUAAUGAAGGCAGUGGAACAUGUAGAGAAAGCUCGAGUAGAGACCACAAAAGCUGUAAAAUAUCAGAGUAAAGCACGAAAGAAAAUGAUCAUAAUUAUUGUGGUGGUAAUUAUUCUACUAGCAAUUAUUGCCCUGAUUAUCGGCUUAUCUGUGGGACUGAAGCACUGAGACUACAAACCUGAUGUUGGGGGAAUCACAGUUUGUUAUAUUCCAUCCAUGACACCUAAUCCUUCCAAAGCUACUGAUCCUAACUUCCUCCCAAACUUCACCUGCUCCACCACCCCGGUUUACCUUUUUUCACCAUCAAUAAAAGGAUCCAUGUUUAGACAUCCUGGAAACCUCCUCCCAGCCUGGAACCCCUGGAUCUCUGUUUUUUUCCUUGUGCUUACAAUAUUAACCUACUCUGCUGUCCUGACAUAUACAUCAGGGGAAGGAUGGAAAAACUUGUAAAUGCUGUAUCUUACAUUACUUCUGUAUAUCUUGUACACUUACAAGAAGCUCAAUUGGUAAGACCAUUUUGUAUAAACUAUAUGGGCAUGUGCCUAACAAGAAGCCAUUCUAUGUACAGUAUGUUAAAACAGCAGACUACCACAGAUGGUGUAAUGACUAACACCGCAACUUUAAGCAAACAUUUAAAAUUAUUCUGGUUGAUACAUUUUUAUAUUUUAGGCUUUCUUCAGCUAACGUUCAGUAACCUGGUAGGAGCUGACUUUGCUUUAACAAUUGACUUUUGAUGGGCUCUUUAAGCCUGUGCCCAUUGUGUUGUAGGCCAAUGCUUCAAAACUAGAUCUCCAUCUCCUUGGGGUUCGUAUGUUUUUCUUGUGCGUGUUCAGGGUUUCUCCGGGUGCCCUAGUGUCCUUUCACAUCCAAAAACAUACUAUAAUCAAUGGCCUUCCUUCUAUGUAUAUGCACUGGAGACAGACAGCUUAGCAUGUGAUUCACAGUGGCGAUAGGCACUUUAAAAUACUACACAAUAUGUCGGUGUUUUGUAGCUAUUAAAGAGGUUCUGGCCUGGCACUAAGUUAGCUCAGCUUAGUAAUCAUGCCUUCUCCACUUCAGACUGCUGUGCUUCUAGCUUCGGAUUUUAACGUACAAGAGUUGCAGACCCCUUAUGACCAUAUAUCAGAUGUCUCUUUGGUGCACGUAUUGAUGCCCAACUCUAUUGUGAGUCAGGUCAACUAGGAACUAGAUGUCAACACUGGCCUUAUUAAAUUGUCUGUGGCCAUUAUGGCAAAAUGCAGUAUAAAGUAGAACAAAAUGGGCAUUGUGUACUAGUGGUAAUGGGCGUGUUUUAUAUGAAGGAUAUAUUUGUUUUCCUAUAUGCUAUGACUAUCACUUAGUUGUACUUUGUGCACUUUUUUAUGUAGAUCAAAGAGCGAUAGAUUGCUAACCACUGAUUGAUUGUGGGCCAACAUAUAAUGCUACAGUUCUAACAUGGACAGCGACAACCUCCCCCAGUAGAUUAUCAGAAGUUGGAAAAGUUGACUGCCAGAUCAACUUUUUUGAGAUAACUCUUUUACAUGGACCCAUGAUCUGUCAGAUUAUCUGGGUGUUUGCAUAAGCACUCGUUUCGAUAAUCUGCCAGUGUAAAAAGUGUUGGCAAUCUUCCGAUGAAUGAGCAAAUGCUUGCUCAUCUGUGUUCAUGUCGUUCCUGUG